AUGAGUAAGCUUGCUCUUCUGGCUCUUCUCUGCCUGAACCAUAUACCCAAUGGAAUGACUCUUCGUUGUUAUACUUGUGAUGGAGAAAAACAAGUAAUUGUUGAUGGAAAGCACUACUGCAAUGCAGUCUUUGAUAUUGAACACAAUGUGGUGAGAUACGGCGGUUCUGACACCUGGCCGACACGAAUGGACGAUUUCCGUUUUGGUGGAACAAAAGAAUGUGUGCUCCGAACAGGAAAAACCAGAUCGAAUCCUCCAGAUGUCUUUCACUUUUGGCACUGCACUUGUUUCUCAGACCUGUGCAAUCACCCAUUCACGUUCGAACAAUUUCGAUCAAAAGGAUACAACCUGCGAGAUGUUGAAAAAAUUUAA